UGAUGAAAGUGACAUGGAAGAUUAUGAAGAAAACGAUGACAAUAACAUAGAGAACGUCGUACCAAAUUCAAAGUCACAAUCGCCACUAGAUUCAGCUUGUAAAUCAUCCACUCGAAAAGUGAUAGAUUUAAAUUUAUCUAAAAUCUUGAAGCGACGAAGCCUAACAAACAAAUCUAAAGAAUUGAAUGAAAUUAAAAAAAGUUCAGGGACUUAUACAUGUCCCUUCUGCCAUAAGAAUUUUGUUAAAUUGCCACCACAUCUUGAGGCCAUGCAUUCUGAUGAACCCGAAGUAAAAGAAUUUAUCGGUAUGAAACCAAAGUCACUUGAACGUUUUUGGUUAUUGAAAAUGUUACUAAACAGAGGACGCGAUUAUCGAAACGAAAUCUCUGAUAAUUUAGAGGUUUGUAGAAUUCCUUUGGCAGGUAAAAGACAGCCUAAAAAAGUGAUUGAAGAUAACGCGAAACUGCAAGAGCAAAAUAAAAAUGGAGAUGAAAAUAAAGUUAUAGUAAAUAACACGGCAAAUGAAAAAGAAGUCGUUAAAAAAGAAGUUAAGCCGAGUGAUUAUGCAAAAUGCCCCAAUUGUCACGGCUCAUAUAUUCGUAAAAGAUUAGCUACACAUGUUAAAAAGUGUAUUAAUCAAGACAAACUCAAAGGAAAUGUUAAUUUGAAAACUUAUAUUAAAGGAUCGAAUCUGAAAAUUCAUGUUUGUGCUACCGAAGAGACUGCCAAAUUGAUGUGUGCUUUGAGAUCAGAUUCUAUAGGAGAUGUACUUUUGAAAGACCGUUUAAUCAUCUUAUAUGUAAAUAUGCGUUUAAAAAAGUACGAAAAUGCUAUUAGGAAACGUUCCAUGUUAACACAAAUACGACAAGAGGCUCGAUUAAUUGGACGUAUGACAGAAGAGUUACUUCUUUUAUGUGACGAUAUUCAGGAGUUAGGAGACGCAUUUACCUUAAAUACUUCAGCAAAAUAUGAAGCAGCAAUAGAGGCAGUAGCAGGCAAAGCAACUACUGGUAUCUACCAGCACCCUUCAAAUGCAACACAACUUGCCAGUUUUACUGAUGAUUUAAUAAAAUUACAAUUAGAUUAUUUGAACGAACAACUUGAAUUAAACGAAAGUAAUCUAGAAAUCGUAAGAAGUCUUGAAAAGAAAAAAAAUAAAUGCAUUUCAUUUCAAAAUAGAUUUGAAGUAGAUAUAAGAAGUUCCUUAACGAAAAAAGCUUCACAGUCUACAGUGAGGCAUGUAGCUGACAAAGAAGUGUUAGAAACUAGUUCGGAAGAUGUAACAAGGUUUUAUACGUAUGCUCUAAAGAUGAGAAAAGAAGCUCGGGAGUCUUUAGAAAAGGACGGCUUUACGAAAAAAGCUUGGGAACAGCUUGGCGAAAGCCAGCUAUUAAUUUCGCUCAUUUUUAAUCGCAAGCGUGUCGGUGACAUGGCGUAUUUUGAAACACGCUACUAUAACAAAAAAAAAGUAUUGUAGAAACUAUGCCAGAAGUUUAUAAUAAACUAGAUAAUGAAAGUCAGUUAUUGGGCAAAACAUAUAAGCACGUAUAUACACUAGCAAAGCGAUCACGUAUAGUUUCACUACUACUUUCAUCAGAAGAUGAAGAGUGCUACGAAUUAUUUUACUCAUUUAGAAAUAUUGCUAGAGUUCCUAAAGAAAAUCCGUAUGUUUUCGGUUUACCUAGUUCAAAUUUAGUUGAGGAGUUUAAAGUUCCCGAACCCUGUGGAAUAAUACGCAGAUAUUCUGAGCAAUGCGGAGCAGAGCAUCCGGAAAGUCUUCGAGGAACUGCGAUGCGUAAACACAUAGCAACGUUAUGUGCUUUAUUAAAUUUAUCAGAACGCGAUUACGAAGAACUAGCUAUUUCUUGGGUCACCGCUUAGACAUCCAUAAGCAGGUAUACCGACAGCCACAGAUCGUUCACGUCGUUACUCAAAUUUCCAAAUUAUUGGAAAUGGGUAUGACAGAAAACGAAGAUGCAACCAAUAGUUUAAAAAUAUCUGCAAAAUCACAGUUAGAUUUGACUACCGAAGUUGAACAAAUAAUAAAAAACAUUGAGAAAACAAUUCAAAAUCAAUUCAGUAACAAAAGUUACUUGUGAUAAUUCUUCCACGUUAGAUUCUGCACUUAAAAUAUCAUUACCAGUUGUCAUGACAGAAAACGAAGAUGCAACCAAUAGUUUAAAAAUAUCUGCAAAAUCACAGUUAGAUUUGACUACCGAAGUUGAACAAAUAAUAAAAAACAUUGAGAAAACAAUUCAAAAUCAAUUCAGUAACAAAAGUUACUUGUGAUAAUUCUUCCACGUUAGAUUCUGCACUUAAAAUAUCAUUACCAGUUGUCCGUCAGUCUUCAAAAUCUUCAGGAUCUGGUAAAACUAAACAAUUAAGUAAACGUAGGUGGCAAAAGGAAGAACUUGAAAUCAUACAAAAUUAUUUUAGAAAUGAAAUAAUAGAUAGCAAAUUGAAGAUAUGUGGCUCGAAAAUUUCAAAAAUGCUCCGCGAAAAUCAGCAAAUAUUUUUCAACCGAGAUGUUGCUUCAACGCGAACAUGUAUCCAUUCGUUAAGAAAACAGAUAUCUACAGAAGAAUGUGUAAACAAUAAUUCAAGUUCAAAGAGAAACAUGGUACCAUCUAAAAUUUAUGAAACGUUUGAGCACCACAUAAAAAAAAAAACUAUACCUACCGAAAAAGACUGUCUGAAAGCAAUGGAGUCGUCCUUUUACAGAGAUUAUUCAGUUCGACGUAUUCAAAAAUGUGUGAAAGAGGCACAUAAA